AUGCUCGUCGUCUCAUUGUCACGUAUAGUGUUGUUAUUGGUCGUCCUGAUAUUGAUUACAUUUCUAACUGACAAUGGCAAUUGUAAUCACGAUGAUCAUAGUCGAACGUACACUCAUCACUAUUAUCCACCACAAUUUCGCGCUUCACAUAGUCCAUCUUAUGAUUUUAUCUAUAUCCCAGGCGAUAUUAUUCUUGGCGGUUUUUUUCCUAUUCAUCAACCACCGUCGAAUGAAUUUGGCAGCAAUCAAUGUGCUUCCAUUAAGCGUGAACGCGGAAUUCAACGUCUUGAAGCAAUGUUGUUUGCAUUAGAUGUGAUCAAUAACCGAUCAGGCUAUUUAAUGUCGUCAAUAUUGAAUAAAUAUCAAAUUCGUUUCGGUGCACUAAUUUAUGAUUCAUGUGACUAUGAAUCGUAUGCUGUUGAACGUGCACUCAACAUGCUAUUACCUUCACUUGAUCAUUGCAUGCCAAUAGCUGCACAAAAUCCAUCGGCAUUUGUGGCUGGUGUUAUCGGCAGUGCAUCAAGUAUUGUGUCGAUGGCUAUAGCAGAUAUUCUUCGUUUAGCAGAAAUCCCACAAAUAUCGUAUGCAUCAACAAGUACGGAUCUAAGUCAAAAGCCGCGUUUUCAAUAUUUCUCACGCGUUGUUCCACCUGAUACGUAUCAAGCUGAAGCUGUGGUUAGCAUUAUUCAGUUUCUCAAUUGGACGUACGUUGCAGUUGUCAAAGAAUCGGGCUCCUACGGCGAACGUCUAACGGAUGACUUCAAGUCAAAAUUAAAGAAUAAAACUAUUUGUAUCGCUGGUGAAUUGUCAGUGAAUAACAAGGAUCCGAAUUCCUACGUUCGCGUAAUUCGAGAACUGUACGAAGAUGAAAAGUAUCGUUCGGUGGUUGGUGUCAUUGUUUUUGCACAAGAAGAUUCUGUUAGGCAAAUUCUCAAUCAAACAUCAUCGAGAGAUGAAUUGUAUGGUCGAUGGGUUUUUCUCGGUACCGAUGGGUGGGGAAAGAAGAGAUAUCCGGUGGAAAAUUUCGGCAUUGCUGCUAUUAAUUCCAUUACGAUCGCACCAAAACUGUAUUUGAUACCAGAGUUUGAUGCAUAUUUUACCAAUCUGAUUCCGUCUAAAAACACACGAAAUCCUUGGUUUCAAGAAUAUUGGGAAGAAACCUACAAAUGUAAAUUUCCUGACACGCCGAGAACACUAUUUAAUCGGAAUUUUACUCGACUAUGCACAGAUACUGAUCAUACGCAUGCGGAUCUAUCGGUUCCAUACGCCCAAGAAGGUUAUGUUCAUUAUGUUGUUGACUCUGUCUUCACACUCGUCAUUGCGAUACAAAAAUUAAUCGAAGACAAAUGCCUACAUUCGUUAUACGAUAAACUAUUAUGUGACGAAUUCUUUCCUUUCGAUGGUACGAAGUUGCUGACUUUACUGCGAAACACAACCUUUCGAAAUGAAUUAUCGAAGCGCAUUAUCAAGUUCACGACCGACGGAGAUGGUAUUGGUACCUAUGAUAUUUUCCAAUAUCAAAUGCUUGAUUCAUCUGAUCGACAUGAUUAUUUAACUAUCGGAGAAUUCACUGAUAGCGAUCAAAGUAACGAGAGAGUGCGCAUCGAUGUUCAGUCAUUAAAAUGGGUUCAAUAUGACCAUGGCUCAUCCCAAUGGACAGAUAUUUCUGUUACACCACGAUCAUUUUGUAGUAAACCUUGUCAUCCUGGUGAAAUUCGUACGAAUAUAGAUUCACAGCAAUGCUGCUGGACAUGUCGAGCAUGUGAAACGUUUAGUAUAGCCAUAAAUGAAACAGCAUGCCAAGCUUGUCCAGAAAAAGAAGUGCCCAAUGCCGACUCAACGAAAUGUAUAGUCAUACCGGAAGAAUAUCUAUCACCGCGUGAUAUUAUUGCAUGGCCAGCAUUGAUUCUUAGUUGUAUUGGCCUAUUAAUGGCCGUUUAUACUGUUGUUAUUUUCAUACGGUUUGCUCAAACACCAGUUAUAAAAGCAUCCUCACGUGAAUUAAGUUUUUUUCUUUUAUUUGGUAUCUGUUGCUGUCAUCUUUGUACAUGGCCUUUGAUUCUCAAACCACAUGCUAUCACAUGUCUUUUCAUACGUCUUGGCGUUGGAUUAAGUUUAACUAUAUGUCUAGCUGCAUUACUGACGAAAACCAAUCGUUUAGCACGAAUAUUUAAUAACAGUCAACGUUUAACUCAACCAUCCUGUUUAUCACCCCGAUCACAACUAGGUAUUUGCGGUGGCAUUGUUAGUGCACAAUUAAUUAGUGUUCUACUAUGGAUAAUCAUAUCUCGGCCAUACACACGUAUUAAAUCCGAACAGAAACAUAAUCAAAAACGUUCGAUUUUAGUAUGUCAAACUAAUAAUGAAUAUAUUGUAUGUUCAUUGAUUUAUAAUAUGAUCUUGGGUAUAUAUUGUACAUUAUAUGCGAUUAAAACACGACAUAUUCCAGAAAAUUUCAAUGAAGCAAAACAUAUUGGCUUUGCCAUGUACUCCGUUUGUAUCAUAUGGUUGGCAUUCAUAGCGAUCUUCUUUGGUCUUCGAAGUAGUGACAAUUGGUUUCGUAUUCAAUUGGUAACUCUGGCUAUUUGUCUUAGUUUAUCCGCGACUGUCAUACUUUUAUGUUUAUUUGCACCAAAAUUAUACAUUGUUCUAUUCAAUCCGUCCAAGAAUAUUCACGUGAAAUUUAAGACAACACUAUCCACUCCACAAACAUCGAUGGAACGUCCGAGUACAAGUAAUAAUCAAGAAGAACUUUCGACCACAGCUGCAAUGAACCAUCGUCGUCGUCGACAUACGUCAUCUGACUACACAACUGAAGUGUCAUUAUUUAAUUCGAAAUCAGAUAGUUGGGCACUAAAUUUAAAUGACGAGACAACGCAAACAGCAAGUAUUAGUGGCGGGAGUUCAUUUCUAAACGAUGCAUGUACAGAUGCUGAACGGCAACAACAACAACAACAACGUCAUUAUACAUCUACACACGAUAAUGAAACAACUGAUCUUUUGUCAACAUCUAAACAACGACCUAAUUCUAAUUAUUUACAACAUACUCCACUGAAGCCGACAUCGUCGAAUUUAGUAUCAGCAGCUGAAAAUCCAUGGAAAAAAUUAAGUAAUGUUCGAUACAAACUUGAUGGAAAUGAUGUUACUCAACAGAACUCACAUUACCAUCAUGUUCAUGCGCAGCAUAUCAGUUUUGUUUGA